AUGGCCCAUCUCCCAGGGGCUCAACAGCGCCGCCCCAUCGCAAACCUCCCCCACCAACACCAGCGCCCACAGCCCCCCGCCUCACGCGUCACACCAUACACCCCAGACAACCGCGAGCUCUAUGCCGGCCCCCGCAACAGGCUCUUCCUCGCCCUCCGCUCAUCCAUCCCAUCCGAGGUCGACUGGGCCCUUCCAAGACUUGUAGUUGCCAGCUUUGAUGCCCCGGAUUCCUUCAAGCUCGACUCGUGGGUCGACAGCGUAGGGGCACUCAAAGAGUGGCCGACGAAAUGGCUGGAGGGUCUGGAGAAGGAAGCUGCGGCUUUCGAGCUGAGACAGGGCCGAUUGGACUUUGCGGAUGUCAAAGGCGAAGACAGGUCUGCCAAGCGGUUAAAGAGGGACCUGGUCCUAUCCACAAUGCCAGAAUGGCUCAGUGAUCCCGCGGUCGAGAAAAGAGCCACCAACUCGCUGCUCAUCUUGCGAAACGCGUCGUUUAGCGGACCAAACGCAAAGACCAUCUGCAAAGAGCCCUUCUUGGCCUUUUUGAACGACUUUUUCAGCCUGCCGAUACCUUUCCUCCAACAUCUGUUGCUGCGGUCUCCCGAACCGGUGCAUCACAUCUUUGCUACCAUCCAAUCAAUAUUCCCUGCCAUGAACACCGAAAUCCCUGGCAUCAGAAGGAUAUUCGGCGAGGUCUUUCCUCGUCUCCUGAUCGAGUCUUCCGAUAUCGCGGUCGCGAACGAUGUCCUCCCUAUCUUGAUCAUGGGCCAAACCAUCCCCAACAUCACUUAUCCUCCCGAACUCGUCCCCUACCUCCUACGUCUGCUCGCCUUGCGCCCACCGGGCGCUACACUCGAUCUCGUACUCGACCUCAUCACAGCAUUCACCCUGAACCCAGUCUACGCCCGCCAAAUCCUCUGUGACCCGAACUUUAUGCAACACCUCAAGUCGCUCGCUGUCUUGCUGGACCACAAUGGCCAGAAUCUGUCGAUCUUGUACGAUGGUGUCCCGUAUAUGAGGGCCAAGGCUGUCCUCAAUCCAGCCGGAGGUGCCUACAAGGCAGACGAGUCGAGCAAAAGAAGAACUCUGGAGAGAGAAUGGGCGCAAAAGACGAUCGACCCUUUGUCAGGGAGAGGCUUGGCCAUGGAAGUUGGAACUGAACCGCCCGUCUUAAGUGAUGCGGCCAAAAAGAGACUGUUUGCCAUGAAAGAACCUCAAAGGUCCAUCGCAUGGAUGCACGAAAUCUUUGUGUACUCUUCGACAGCCCAAGUCCUGCAGGUCACUUUCUGGCAUGCCUAUCGUGAUUUCUUCAGCGGACCCGGCUCCCACGAGCCGCUAUUGAGCGCGUCCGAAGUUAUCAAGAAUGUUACAGCGGCGUUCCCUACUGCUGCGGCCAAGGUGUGGAAUGACGCGAUGGGCAACCAAAAGUUUGUCAUCGCCGGUGUUGGGUUUAGAAAAGGAUCAGAUGACUCCGAAAGAUUUGGCUGCUUCUGGCGAGACUGUGCCCACCGAGAGGGGGCAACCAACCCAGCCCAACUCAUCGAGCACAUACAAAGCUUCCACGUCCCUCCUAGCACCUACACCCCCUGCCAAUGGGGCUCCUGCACCCACGCACCUUGUACACUCUCUCACUUCCUUACUCACAUUCCCCUCGGCAAGCCGAUAACACAAGUCCCAGACUAUCUCAGCUGCUAUGCUGGAACUUCUCCGGAUUGGUUCAGCAGGCAGGUUGUGACAGCGAGAUUACCACCACCGACGAUAUCGAGAAUGUCGUUUGCCGGAAGAAAGACGGCGACGGAUGCAAACAGGCGCCCGGUCGGCACACCUUUACUGGCUGCUUUGACUGUCCGUAAUCUCGCGCGGACGCUUCGGACAGAGAUCACUCUUGCUCUCCCCGAAGAUGUUCCCACCGAGGACGAGGUUCAAGCGAAGAAGAAGCACCUUCUUGAAGAGCGUUAUGGUUUGCCGAUACCCGAGUCGGUCAUUAAGGAAGAGGAGAAGGAGCAGGAAGAAGCGAAUCAGGGCGCUGCUGGCAAAGAAAUGAACAUGAGCGAUGAGGAGAGGGAGAGGGCAAAGGCGGCGUUCGAGAGCAUUGAGGAAAAGGUGGAGAGGAUCAUGGAGGAGAACGUCGGGAAUAUUGGGCAUUACCUUGGAGACGCGUUCGGAUGGUAG